GCCAGCACUAUAGAACACAUGGAUUCCUGCUAAAAAAUUGCGACGACUUUGGUACACAAGGCGCAUUGUUUUGCAUCUCCCCAAGGCCAACUCCAACAAAGCGCCGAGGCUCCAGUCAGCCUUACUCAUACCCAAGAUUUCGAGAGCUCGUGCCUUGACAACCACUUGGUCUUGUAUAACAUCAGGUGCCUUCUGUCUGUGACGCAGUACCAUGUCGACAACGGCAGGUGCCUUUAUCGCCGGCGGCAUAGCCGCGUGCGGCGCCGUGACAGCGACCCAUCCUUUCGAGACCGUCAAAAUCCGCAUGCAACUUCAAGGCGAGCUCCAGAGCAAAGGCCACCAACCACACCACUACCGCGGCCCGAUCCACGGUGUAUCCGUCAUUGUACGAAACGAAGGCCUGCGCGGAAUCUACAGAGGUAUCGGCUGCGCAUACAUAUACCAAGUCCUACUGAAUGGCUGUCGGCUGGGCUUCUACGAGCCCAUGCGCCAGACGCUCUCAUCCGUCAUUUUCAAGGACGAGAAAGUGCAGUCGCUGGGAAUCAAUAUGUUUUGUGGUGCAGCAUCCGGCGUGAUCGGCGCCAUGGCGGGAAGCCCAUUCUUUCUGGUCAAGACGAGGUUACAGAGCUACUCGCCCUUCUUGCCGGUCGGUACACAACAUACAUACCGCAAUGCGAUUGAUGGGUUGAGGCAGAUUUACUCGGGCGAGGGAGCAAGAGGUCUGUACCGUGGCGUCGGUGCAGCUAUGAUCAGGACGGGUUUUGGAAGUUCAGUGCAGCUGCCGACAUACUUCUUCGCCAAGAGGAGACUGAUGAAGCACGUGGGCAUGGAGGAAGGCCCAGCGCUGCACCUCACCAGCAGCGCCGUGAGCGGCUUCGUUGUUUGUUGCUUUAUGCACCCACCUGACACCGUAAUGUCCCGCCUCUACAAUCAAAACGGGAACUUGUACAAGGGCGUCUUCGACUGCCUGGCCAAGACUGUUAAGACGGAGGGCUUCUUCGCGAUCUACAAGGGUUUCCUGCCUCAUUUGGCCAGGAUAUUACCACACACCAUCUUGACUCUGAGUCUGGCAGAGCAGACAAAUAAGCUUAUUCGGAGGUUUGAAGGUUUUAUAAUACCUGAAUCUGCAGAGACAAAGGCAUAGUUGGGGGAGGUGGGAUCUCAAGUCAGGUGUAGGGAGUGGCCAUGAACAUGAUUUUGUCAGUCAUCAGCAUAUAUAUCAUGCAUUGGAAAGGUAGAAGCAGGAAGGAAAAGACACAAAAAGUCAGGCGGACAUUAGAUUUUCACGGGAAGUAAAUUUACUCUGAGAAUACUAACCCAAAAUAAAUAUAUACAUAAAUGACAAUACUCAAUCAAUGAG